AUGCUCACCAUUGGCCUGCCAAUCCUAGUCUACCUGGUUGAAAUAACAUCAUCAAACUUAUCAUCUAUCCAGCUGGCAAAGAAUAACUUGGGGCUCUGCCUGUUAGCUCUAAAUGAGAUGCGAAAGGCUUAUGUCUCUGCCGAUGCGGCGUAUAAGCUAUUCGACCGCGCUAGGACCAUGGUCGAGAAAAGGCUUCGAGAAGCUGAGGUCGUUUCACGAGACCCAACAGUUUCACCAGAAACGCAGGGAAUUGAGACUGCGCAGUGGCUUGAUGACUCCGAGGACUAUGAUUUCGCAUCGACGGGGAUGUUAUCGGCGUUUUGGACACCAUUCGCCAAUUUCAUACCUGAUGACUCCUUCGGAAAUUCUUUCUAG